UUCACAUUUUGUACAAAGUAUUCAAGAAGUUUUCUCUUGUAAAUAAUCAUUAAUGUUAACUUAAAUUUAAUGAAUUUCUUACCUUUUUUUCAGAUAAAACGUUGAAAGGAUGCUGAAAAACACGAAUGUAGUUUCAGGGUGAUGGCUUGUAUCAAAUUUUUAUCGAUUCUACACUUAUUCGAUCAAUCGAAAAAAAUUGCAAACACAUCGCUAGUUUAAACCAGCGUCUGCAACUUGCCAAGAUUUUUGACACAUCAGAAGACAAGUUUAUCAUUUGUUUCUGUGCGAAACCGCUUCGCGUAAUAAAAAUGUUAAUAUCAACCUUAUCAAAAUAUCGAAUUAUAUCAAGUGAGCCAAAUUGUUGACAGCGGCUCGGGAUAUUCGCGAUGCCGCACUGCACGACCGAUUUCGCUUGGUAUCUCGGAAAGUUCAUUAUCGGAUUUACCGGGAUGCUAUUUCUUUACGUCAGCUUCUUGAAAGAAAAUGAGAAAAGUUGUGUGUGCGAUGCCAGAAUGAGAGAAUUACUAAGUCAGGAAAGUGAAAAAUCGGACAGAUGCAAAUGCGUGGAAGGGAUGCGAAACAAACGUUAUCCAUGUGGAUGCCAAAAACCAAUGAUACAAGAUAACAACACGAUUCCAGUGGUAGCAAAUGAAUAUAUUAAGCGCAGUUGUGCAAGAAGUCGUUGUUGCAUCAGAAGAAAUUCUUAUUGAAACAGAAAAACGGUAAAGGUAGCUUUUUGCAUUACUGUAAGAUUUCUAAUCUAAAGUAGCCUUCAUCAACAGGACAUUUUUACGAUUUAUUUAGCAAUC